CGACUGGAUGAACAUAGAGAGUUGAGGAGGGUGGGUAGACGAGACGACUAAACGCGCCUUCUGCGGGAGAGAGAGCAUGGCUCCACCCCCGAGUUUGUCGCCACCUACGAUUGGAUCAAAACCCAACUGACAUUGUGACCAAUGGAAGCCGUUUACCAUCAGCUAGACUAUAAAGUCUGUACUCCGACGUAGGCUUUUCACUUCUCGUUUAAACAGAAAUAGCAAUAAGAUGAGCGGAAGAGGCAAAACCGGAGGCAAAGCAAGGGCUAAGGCCAAGACCAGGUCAUCCCGCGCCGGGCUGCAGUUCCCCGUGGGUCGUGUUCACAGGCUGCUUCGCAAGGGUAACUACGCUCAGCGUGUGGGAGCUGGCGCACCCGUCUACCUGGCAGCCGUGCUCGAGUACCUCACCGCUGAGAUCCUGGAGUUGGCCGGCAACGCGGCUCGUGACAACAAGAAGACUCGUAUCAUCCCCCGUCACCUGCAGCUGGCCGUCCGCAACGACGAGGAGCUCAACAAACUGCUCGGUGGCGUUACCAUCGCUCAGGGUGGAGUGUUGCCCAACAUCCAGGCGGUACUUCUCCCCAAGAAGACCGAGAAGGCCGUUAAAGCCAAGUAAAAAUUAAACCUCGGUCUCACUUUCCCCAAAGGCUCUUUUAAGAGCCACCCACUUAACUCUUCAAAAGCGCAUUGUCUCGAACU